AUGAUUGAGUUUCAAAAAGUGAUUCAAGACCUUUUCUUACAAGAUCAUCCUUAUUUUGUCCCAACCUUUACUUGGAGCAACAAACAAAAAGACACGUACCUUGCAAGAAAACUUGAUAGAGUUCUUAUAAACUCUCCUUGGGUUACCACCUUUAAGAAAUCUUUUAUUGAAUUCGCUGCCCAUGGGCCUUCUGAUCAUUGUAUGGGGCUAGCCUGGAUUAGCAAAGACACUCAAAUCAACAAACCUAAGCCUUUCAAGUUUUUCAACUUCUGGUCCACUCAUUCAAACUUUCUUGAAAUUGUCCAACAGUCUUGGCAACAACCCUCCCAUGGUAACCCAAUGCAGAAAUUAUUCUCUAAGCUAAAAUGCCUUAAACCUUGUCUUCAUAAAUUAAAUAAAGACUUCUACAAUAAUAUUUCUGCUAGGGUAAAACAAAAGAAGGCUGAGUUGGAACAAAUUCAAAUAGAAACUCUUAAAGGCAUCAACUCUAUGGACAAGGAUUUGAUUGUUCAAAAGGAUUUGAAUGCUUUAGAGGACAAUGAGAAAAUGUUUCUUAAGCAGAAAGCAAAAAUCCAGUGGAUUAAAGAUGGGGAUAAAUGCUCAAAAAUAAAAGAGAUACCAUUAGAGUUCUAA